GGCUUCAUCGCGACGCGGAUGAGGCAGCCAGACCACAUUGACAUUAUACGUUUUACAUAAUCAUCAUCCUUACUAAGCGGAUUUGAUUUUUAUCAUCAAAUAAUGCCUUCCAUAAACUGGACUUUGCUCUUUUGAUGCAUCAAUUUCGCCCUUCUUAACAUCGCAAGUCGGUCGAGAAAUGGCCCAGAAACAGAACAGGUUUCUGGAUUUCCUCAACCCGACCUCCGGAAACAACCGAGAUCGGCGCAGUUUCCAACCGGCGGUAACGCCAGAUUCCCCGGCCAACCAGUUGUCCCCGAACUCGGACAGUGCUUCGAAUGUGUCCGUGAAUUCUCAGGAUGGGAUUGAACAUGGCGAAGAAGCCGUCCUGGCGUUAACACCCGGUGAAAUAGCGGGACUUCCGAAGACAAAUUCGCCCUCGCGAGCCGCUUCCUCGCGAUCUUCACCGGCACCGGAACCGGCCUUGUUUUCAGGACCAGGUCAGAGAGAGGCUUUGUCCCCGGGCGUUCCAGGUGACAGCGCCGUAUCCGGCCCACUGCCGACGCCCGGUGCUGGGUCAGACCGGUCAGAUCCGUCACCCACUGUAGGCAACAGAGGUUAUGCAAGUUCUGCAAGUACACCAGUUGUUGUGAUUGUUGGAGGGGAUUCGAAAGAAGACGAAAGACACGAGAAUUACCCGGAAGCAGGGGAGGCGGAAGGCGAGAAGGAGAGGGGAACAGUGACAACCGUUGCCAUGCCGCCCGUUAAACAAACCAAUGAUGGGGCGGUCCGGGACAAAGAUGCAAAGCGAAGUACCAGUUUGAAACAUUCGAUUUUCCGAAGGGGCAGUAGACAGGCCAAAGGAGAUCGUCAGAGCAGCGAUUCAGCCUCCAGGGAACCCCUCUCUAGCGAGAGUGAAGUCGACUCUGGUAAUAAUGGCCCACCAUCAGCUAGUCAACCUUCCCCCGUCCAUGUCUCUCGAUCCUGUCCCUCUGAGCUUCCACUCCUAGAAGAACAGCAGCGGCAACAACAGCAGAAUCUUGGCUUUGAGACAUCAGGUUCCUCCCUGGGCUCGCCCUCAGAGAAGUUGUCCCCCGCCGGCCGAAGUGACAAGGAGGACAAAUCGCCCAAGUCCGUCAAGAGAAACAGCAGUAAAAAGACUCCGUGGUACACGGUUCUGUCAGCUUCCUACAAAUCUAAAUCGGAGGAAUUCCGAAAGUACUUCAAGAACAUCCACAACAGCGAAAAGCUCAUUGCAGACUACUCCUGCGCUCUUCAGAAGGACAUCCUUGUGCAGGGCAGGAUGUACGUGACGGAAAACUGGCUCUGCUUCUACGCCAACAUCUUCAAGUGGGAAACCCUGCUCACCAUCAGACUGAAGGACAUUACGGCCAUUACCAAAGAGAGAACGAUACGACUGAUACCUAAUGCAGUACAGAUAGCUACAGAAAGUGAAAAGUAUUUCCUCACCUCCUUCAUGUCCAGGGACCGAACCUUCCUGCUGCUUUUCAAGGUCUGGCAGAAUGCGUUACUGGAUCAGAAAAUGCCGGCCGCGGAAUACUGGACCCGUGUCCACAGCAACUACGGCACCAAUCUGGGGCUGAGCCCCGACGAGCUUCCCGAGGACUACGUCCUUCCAUACCUUUCUCCGGACGAAACGGAGAACGGAGAUGACGAGUCCAAGAGCCAAGGCACGGAAGGGAUGGAAGAAGAAGAUGAUGAUGAAGAUGAUGAUGACGUAGUUGAGGAGGAUGACAGCGAAGAAGAGCUUUCAGUGCAAGAAGGACUUACCAGGUCAGAAGUGGGGAGUCAAGAUGCCAUGGGUCAAGAGGCCACGGCGAGCGGGUCAGACGCCCUGGCUUCCAAAGCUUUGGACGAAGAAGGUGAAGUGGAAUCCCUGGAUCCAAAGCCCUUACACGCUAACGCCAAGGAAUACAUGAACUCUUACUUCAACGUGACGGUGGACACAUUCUUUGCGGCGAUGUACAACAAGGAGCAUCCGCUCUACAGAAACUUCCUUCUCCAUAGAAAACACACAGAUCUCAACAUUGGCGAAUGGGAACAGAAUGAGGAGCAGGAUAUAAGGCAUGUCUCCUACACAUUUCACCUGAACAACCCUGUGGGACCGAAAUCUUGUGGAGUGGAAGAGCGUCAGAUAUUCUUUAAGAAUUGGAGUCGGCCCGGCCACAGCUAUGUCGUCAACAUUGAGGUCUGUCAGACUGGGGUUCCGUAUGCCGAUUAUUUUUACACGGAGGCGAGAAUGGUGAUUACCAGAGUGUCGAGUACCAGUUGUCACGUGAGGGUCACUGCUCAUCUCGUCUACAAGAAGUCGCCCUGGGGACCCAUCAAAAGCUUCAUCGAAAAGAAUUCAUUCAGCGGCAUCAAAGUGAAGCACGUCGAACUCGAUACAUACGUCAGACAGCAUUUGGAAAGCCGGGCACCAGUUAAACAGGUCACCAAGAAGACACGGAAGAGGAAACUUGUGGGCGGGGUCAGCAAGGAAGAGAAGGAGGAGUCGCGACCACUCAGAAGGAUGGAAUCAGUGCCAGCAGUCGCCGCCAAACCAUCGUCAAUAGCAAGAUAUCUACCUCCAUGGCUCAGGACCGAUUCCAGAAACAUCAUGCUGCUAAUUUGUAUAUUCUUAACUCUCUUGUCAAUAGUCAAUGUGUCGUUAUUCCUACAACUUCAAACACUCGAGCAGCUUGCAGUCAGGACGGAAGGUGACUGGAAGACGGGAGGCUUUCCCGACAAACUCAAAGACAUUCCCCAAACCAAAGACGAGUGGUCAGCGUUACUACAGAAGCAGUUAUACUACCAUGAGCUGGAGAUGGAUCGGUGGCGGGAGGUGCUAGGACUCUGCAUUGACCUCAUGAAAAAGAUGGAAGUAACGUUACAAGAGCUCCACACAGGCAUCAAACCCACCAGGAUACCGGACUUGGACACAGUCCUCCAAAACCUCAAAGAGAACACACAGCAGAACGAGGAAUGAAGUACAUAAGCCAGGGAAGGAACAAGUAUAUCCCGGCCAAUUCUUUACUACAGGGUUUAGGGGGAGAGUUUUAUGGAGUGUCGUAAUCGUGCCAUCGAAUCGAUAGACUGUACUGUGUGGACUCCAUGCUGGGAAUGUAGAUGUGGCUGCUUGGCCUACUGAUAAAGAACCAAGGAAGAACCAAGGAAGGACGCAUUGUGUGUCUUACUUGUUCACACCUGUGAAUAGCACCAGGGCCCGAUUUCACGGCGCUGCUUAACAGUUAGCAGAAAAGUUGUGUUUAGCAUAGCAGAAAAAUUUGCUAACCUUAAGCACAAUUUCACGGCGUGGACGUGCUAACGGUCGCGCGUGCAUAGAGAUUUCUAUUGUUACGUCACUGAGUUAAGCACAUUUUUCCCCUGAAGUUAGCGUGUCUUUUGCUGUGCUUAUGCUAACGGUCUCAAUGAAAUAGAUGGAGGCUCUGUUAGCAGAAAAUCGUGUGCUUAGCAGCGCCGUGAAAUUGGGCCCAGGUGUACUAUGUGCAUAUAAACAAUUUGCAAGUGAACCGUGCAAAAACCAGUGGAGUCUUCAAGUGAAAGGGCACAUCCUUCUUUUCAGUGGGCGUAGUGAUGCAAGGGAUUCACACCACUGACGUGAACUGGUUGAAACAACGGUGCACAGCAAAAAAGUGGGCCAGGGAUGACAAAUCAACGCUUCGGAAAGGAAGCAGUCAAAACCGCCUUCACUGAUGAGAGAUUCGUGGUUAUGUUCCACAUUUCCCGUUAUUUACUACUUACAUGUACCCGUGUGUGAAACAGCCUGUGUAUUACCACCGUUUGGCAGAUGUUUUCAGCAGCGAAGGUGAUUAACCUUCCGGACAUGUACACGAGCAAAUGUAAGUGGGAACUGUAGCUCACCACACUGUUGACAAUCUUUGCUGGAAUCCACGCUGGUCGAUUAUGGGCUAUGUUAAGGAGAAUACACGAGAAAGUGUGGAUUCGUAAUUUAAGAAUUCACGAGGCGCGAAGCG